UCAAAAUUUGACUACAUCAGGAGCUCUUAAGCUUCAUCUAAGUGACUUUAAGAUUCAAACUAAAGUGACUUCAGGUACCACAUCGGGCCACUUGCUAUAAGGCACCUGCUGGACUAUGACCCUGCAACCAGUAACUCCAGUGAACUGUGCAGGCCUUCUACAGCCUGGCUGCUCUCUGCUACAGCUGGAUGGUGAAGUUCUCCUGUUUGGCCAAAAGGGCUGGCCAAAGCGCUCAUGUCCGACAGGAGUGUUUGGGAUGCGUUUUAAAUGUGGCGAGUUGAAACUGAGGGCCAUCUCCUUCUCCAGUGACUCUUGCUACCUCCCGCCACUACGCUGUCCAGCUGUAUGCCGCCUUGACCCCUAUGACGGCCUUCCUGAGAGUUAUCUCAUCCACGGUGGCCGUACCCCGAACAAUGAGAUCUCCUCGAGUUUGUACUUGCUGACCAUGGAUAGCCGUGGUUGUAAUCGUAAGUUAACACUUAGGUGCAAGGAGAAAGAAUUGGUGGGAGAAGUCCCACAAGCCCGAUAUGGCCACACAAUGAGCAUAGUUCAAAGUCGUGGGAAGACAGCUUGUGUGUUGUUUGGGGGUCGGUCCUACAUGCCUGCAGCAGAGCGGACUACUGAGAGCUGGAACAGUGUCGUUGACUGUCCUCCUCAGGUUUUCCUGUUUGACCUGGAGUUUGGGUGCUCCUCUGUUCACACCUUACCUGAACUCACCGAUGGACAGUCCUUUCAUUUGGCUCUUGCCCGAGAGGACUGUGUCUACUUCAUUGGAGGGCACUCACUCACCUCUGACGCUCGUCCACCUCGCCUGUUUCGCUUACGAGUCGAGCUCCUGCAGGGCAGCCCCUUGCUUUCCUGUGACACCCUUGAUACAGGCUUAUCCAUCUCGAGUGCCAUCAUCACACGCACAGGUCCUACUCACAAAUAUAUCAUUGUAGGUGGAUAUCAAUCAGAUUCUCAGAAGAGGAUGGAGUGCAGCACAGUGAUUCUAGGUGAGAAAGGCAUCCACUUUGAACCCCUAGAACCACCCAAGUGGACUCCAGAUAUCAUCCACAGUCGCACCUGGUUUGGUGGCAGUACUGGGGAAAGAUGUGUCCUUCUGGCUGUUCCUACUGAGGGAAGAUCAUCCCAGCCUGAUUUGCAUUACUUCUUUCAGGUGAGCUUCCAAACAGAGGGAGAUUACAAAGAAGAGGAUGGAACCCUAGCCUGCAGUCAGGAGUCGACAGAUUAUGACAACUCCACUCCCCUUGAGGACUCUGAAGAACUCUAUUUUGGUCGUGAGCCACAUGAACUGGAAGACAGCAGUGAUGGUGAGGCUGACACUUACAAUGAAGAAGAUGAAGAAGAUGAAUCACAAACAGGCUAUUGGAUCAAAUGCUGCCUUGGCUGCCAGGUGGACCCCAACACUUGGGAGCCAUACUACUCCACUGAGCUCCAUCGGCCAGCCAUGAUCUUUUGCUCCAGAGGGGAAGGGGGGCACUGGGUCCAUGCCCAGUGCAUGGAGCUGUCUGAGACCCUGUUGGUCAGACUCUCUCAGGGCAACAAAAAAUACUUCUGUCUAGACCACGGAGGCCUGCCCUACCAGGAGAUGACCCCACCUCGACAGAUUAUGUCCAUUAAGCGCAGCCCAAUGAAAGUCAAAUACAGAAGAACACCUCUGACGAUGAAGAUGUCCCCUGCCAAGAAAAACUUUUUCAAGAGGCUGUUUGACUAAUUCAGUUUUCUGCAUGAUGUGUAUAGAUGAUCAUUGUUGAGAUUUAUCUCUGCAUUUGGAUAUUUGUUGUUUCCUUUUGACAAAAUUAAAGCCUGAAAGAAAAUAGUAAUUUGCUGAUAUGUAAUGAAUGUUUUAGUAAUUUGUUGUAACAUUAUGUCGCUCAGCAGCACAUUUCAACAUGGAUAUUUUAAAUUAUGUAACCAAAAACAUAAAUAAAUUGCAUCAAGUAAGAGUACGAUCAUGAAAAGUUUUGUUUCCAAUGUAGACAGUUUGUUUCUUGGCUGUAUAAAUUUUUCUUUUUGUUGUAUUCUGUCCUUCAUUUGGUUUUUUACAAAAACAGGCAAUUACUAAAUGA